AUGAGACUCUCACCCCUCGCCGGCCUGCUGCUGCCUUUCCUGCCUCACGUCUCCUCCUGGCUCGUCCCCCGAGGGCUCGACGACGGCCACUACACCAUCGCCUUCCCCGACGGCAACUUUUCCUCGCCCGACCACCGCAUCGUGAAGCGCGGCCAGGACCCCUGGCGGAGCACCGGACCAUGGCCCAAAGAUCCACCGUGGCCCGGCGAGAUAUCACCACCCCGCCGCGACGAUUCCCACGGCAAACCCGAGGACUCGCUGCAGAUCAGCCACUACCAGUGCGACUUUGCGAGCAAUGAGCAUGUCCCCUGGUUCGAGUACGAGUCUGCCUUCAACUCCCUCGGCGAUUACUGCGAUCGUUUCCUCGUCUUCGCCCGCACCAUCCACAUCAGCGUCUCGCGCGGCGGCACCGCCGUCGCCUUCGUCUGCAACUCCCACGAGACCCUCCCCGCUCCGUGCUCCCGCCUCGAGUUCCGCUGGGUCGAGCGCAACUAUCUCGACCCCUACUGUGGCCACCUGCGCCCUGGCCAGGCGUACGCGCCGAUGGUGGGAAAGUGGUACGGCAGGGCCCAUGCCGGCGGCGAGCUGUGCACCGGCGAGGGGAGGACGUCGCACUUCGAGCAACGGUGGAAGUGGUCUUUGCCGCCGAAGGAUAAAUUGGCCUGCAAGCACAACUGCGACGUGCCGGAUGGGAAGGGUGGCAUCGUCGGCGAGUCGAUGGCCGGUGCUCGCGGCCGGUGA